AUGGGUUUCGCUACAGAGCGUGAAAACUUCGUCUACCUUGCCAAGCUCUCUGAGCAGGCAGAGCGAUACGAUGAGAUGGUGGAUGCAAUGAAGAAGGUUGCAAAUCUUGAUGUUGAAUUGACAGUUGAAGAGAGAAACUUGCUCUCUGUUGGGUACAAGAAUGUUGUUGGUUCUCGUCGAGCAUCAUGGAGGAUCCUAUCAUCAAUAGAACAGAAAGAGGAAGCAAAAGGAAAUGAGAAUCAUGUGAAGCAACUCAAGGAGUAUAGGCAGAAGGUUGAAUCAGAGCUCUCGACCAUUUGUGGUGAUAUCAUGACAGUGAUCGAUGAGCAUCUAAUUCCUUCAGCUACAGUUGGUGAAUCUACUGUUUUCUAUUAUAAGAUGAAAGGAGAUUAUUAUAGGUAUCUUGCAGAAUUCAAGAGCGGUGAUGAUAAAAAAGAGGCUGCUGAACAGUCGAAGAAAGCAUAUGAGAGUGCCACCAUUGCUGCUGAAGGUGAGUUGCCAACUACACAUCCCAUCCGCUUGGGUCUGGCUUUGAAUUUCUCAGUCUUCUAUUAUGAGAUCAUGAAUUCUCCAGAAAGGGCUUGCCACCUUGCAAAGAUGGCUUUUGAUGAAGCUAUUGCUGAGCUUGACUCGCUGAAUGAGGAGUCAUACAAAGAUAGCACCUUAAUCAUGCAGCUUCUAAGGGACAACCUCACAUUGUGGACUUCGGACCUUCCAGAGGAUGGAGAAGAUUCCCAGAAGGUGAAUGGCAGUGCCAAGGUUGGUGGGCUGGAAGAUGCGGCCGUAGCACCUUAG